GCGGGUGAGCUUAGUGUAUAGUCAAAUAUUAAUACUGAAAAAUGGACAGUUAAAUGGGUCGUAUGAGAGAAAUACCGACAUGAACGGGGACGUCUACUUGAGCGUUAUUUGCCGGGCCUGGCUUUGAGCCUGUGGGAGACGGGAUGUUUGGGAUACGGAGAGGAUUGCAUUGGAGCUAGGCUGAUAGGAUUUUCCCAUUGCCGGCUUAUUUUCGCAGCUGUACAACUGCAGCAAACUUGUUUUCGAGUUGUUCUUUUGGCGACAGUUGUGCCAGACACCUAAGGAAGUUUCCCUUCGCUGAGAGGCCGAGUUUUGUGUAGUAGUUGUCCCUUAAUACAAACGGGGAAUAAGCUUGGCUAAUUGAAGUGCUGGGCAGCUUGGCUUGUACUUGUCUAUAGGUUUUCUGCCGCCACCUAUUCGUAUAGUUCUAUUAUAGAAGUCAGCUGCUGCUGGAAAGCCAAUUUAGGAUCGUAAGUCCUGCCUUUGUAAGCGGUCCUGCCUGCAUCUGGACAUUAGGAGAGCAACAUGUCUGGAAGAUUGUGGAGCAAAGCCACUUUUGCUGGCUACAAGCGAGGCCUUCGAAAUCAGAGGGAGCACACAGCUCUUCUUAAAAUUGAAGGAGUCUAUGCUCGAGAUGAAACAGAAUUUUACUUGGGAAAAAGAUGUGCCUAUGUGUACAAAGCAAAAAAUAAUACAGUGACACCUGGUGGAAAGCCCAACAGAACUCGUGUGAUCUGGGGUAAGGUGACCCGAGCUCAUGGAAACAGUGGCAUGGUCCGUGCCAAGUUCCGCUCUAACCUCCCAGCUAAAGCCAUUGGACACAGGAUCCGUGUGAUGCUUUACCCAUCAAGGAUCUAAAUGUUAAGAAAAAAUAAAAAGAAACAUUCUAGAUCUUUUCUA